AUGUUUCCAACCUUCAUUCCAUCCUUCCAGCUAUCAUUCCAUCCAUCCUUCCAAUUUUGCAUCCAUUCAUUCACCUAUCCAUCCAUCCAUCCAUCCAUCCAUCCAUCCAUCCAUCCAUCAUUCCAUCGAUGUUUCCAUCCAUCCAUCCUUCCAUCCAUCUUUCCAGUCAUUCAUCCUUCCAUCCUUAUUUCCAUCCUUCCAACCUCGCAUCUGAUCCUUCGAUCCAUCAAUGGAUCCAUCCAUCCUUUUAUCCAACCUUCCGUACUUUCAUGCAUCUAUCCAUCCAUUCUUCCAUUCAUCCAUACAACCAACUACCCUUCCAUCCAUCCAUCCUUCCAUCCCUCCAUCCAUCCAACCAUCUAUCCUUCCAUCCAUCCAUCAUUCCGUCUAUCCAUCCAACCUUCAUUCCUUCCUACCUUCCAUCCAUCCAUCCAUCCAUCCAUCCAUCCAUCCAUCCAUCCAUCGAACAAUCCUUCCAUCUAUCUUUCCGUCUAUCCAUCCAUCCUUCUAACCAUCUAUCCAUGCAUCCAUCCAUUUACCAGUAUUAGCAUUCCUUCCUUGUUUCUUUUCCAAGGAGGGGGGCAUUUCCCAUUCUUUCUUUUAUCUACGUAUUCUUUCUUUUCUUUUCUUUCUUUCUUUCUUUCUUUCUUUCAUCUACGUAUUCUUUCUUUUCUUUUUUCUUUCCGUUCUUACCACCUUUCUUUCUUUUUUCCUUCUUUUAUCUACGUAUUCUUUUUUCUUUUCUUUUCUUUUCUUUCUUUCUUUCUUUCUUUCUUUCUUUCUUUCUUUCAUCCAUGCAUUCUUUCUUUUUCUUUUAUGUACGUAUUUAUGCAUGUAUUUUGUCAAUCGUUCCUUUCUUACUUUUAUCUGCGUAUUCUUUCUUUCUUUCUUUCUUUCUUUCUUUCUUUCUUUCUUUCUUUCUUUCUUUCUUUCUUUCUUUCUUUCAGCAGUUUCUUUCUUUUAUGUACGCAUUCAUUCUUUCUUUCUUUCUUUCUUUCUUUCUUUCUUUCUUUCUUUCUUUCAUCUACGCAUUCUUUCUUUCUUUCUUUCUUUCUUUCUUUCUUUCAUCUACGUAUUCUUUCUUUUCUUUUUUCUUUCCGUUCUUACCACCUUUCUUUCUUUUUUUCCUUCUUUUAUCUACGUACUCUUUUUUUCUUUUCUUUCUUUUAUCUACGUAUUCUUUUUUCUUUCUUUUCUUUCAUUUCUUUCUUUCUUUUAUUUACGUAUGCUUCCUUUCUUUCUUUCUUCCUUUCUUUCUUUUCUUUCUUUCAUUCUUUUCAUUCUUUCCUUUUUUUUCUUUCUAUUCUCUACGUAUUCCUUCUUUUCUUUUUAUCAAUGCCGUAA